AUGCCUUUUGCAGUGACUGAGACCAGUUGGCCGCCAAAAUCACCCCGGGAAGCUCUGUUGAGCUCUCCGGGAGGCCGGAGGAAGUAUCAGGACAUGCAACGCCGACAGCUUCUCUCGUCACCCUUGAAACGCUCCAAUACAACCCCGAAUUUCCGGUCAAAAUCGAGUCAAGUCUUGGAUGAAAAUGAAGACGAUGGAGAAGAGGACGAAGAGACGCUGGAACUGCGACUCGCCGAGAUCCAGGCUCGCCUUAGGCUGAAACAACUCCAAAAGUCCCGUGGUCGGUCCGGCACUGCUACAUCCCACACAGAAGAUGAUGAAGAUAGCUUUGAGUCGGCUCCCCGCUCUCAACGCAAGACCAUGGCCCCGAGAAGCCCCCCGCCCAGCCAGCUGAAAGCCCGUGUCGACGAGGUUCAGGUUCCCGUAUCACCCACAAGACGAGCGGCGCCGGCUCCUGAGCCCUGGUCUCCUCGGAGGUAUCAAUUGGGCAUUGACAAAGGAUGGAAAGCAAGCGAUGUGUCAUUGAAACGGCCGCCAGGCCCAAGAACGGAGGCAAGACCUACCAGUCAACUUGGAACGCGCAGCGGCGCAAUGUCUCGCGCAAGUGACAUGUUCCUAGCACGGCCUCAAACCUCUCCAGGCAGCGGAGGCGCUGAUCGAAUCAAGAGCUUCAGUGAACGGAUGGCUGAGGGUCGAUUGGCUGAACGGGCUGAACAAUCUCGCCUGGAAAAAAAGGAAAGAGUACAAGCAAGCCGCAGCUCAGCGUUCCAGGUGGACAAAGCAGAAAUUGAGACUUUUAGGGCUGCAGCCGCGAAUAAAGCCCAAUCGUCACUUCCCUCAUGUACGAACCGAGAGCCAGAAGCAUACGCAUUCAAUCGGGAGGAGGUUCUCCGAUCGCUUAGCCGUCCACAACCUGGUGGACUGAAACGCAGCCAGACGACUCCGAAUAUGAGGGAAGACAAUGCCAGAAGAUCCGAAGAAGCAGUCACUGCACCCGAUGCCUCCAAAUUUGAAUCCUACUCAUCUUUGCAUCUGUCGAGCCGAAUUUUGCCCCAUUCAUUCCUAAGCCGCACUUUGGCCGAUAAAACCGUCCUCUGCAUACCUGAACUCUUAAAGACCAUCAAGGCUCCUGCGUUUGAACUUCCAGAUGAAAUCGACGGGGACUUUGUGGUGUUUGGGAUUGUCGCAUCCAAGUCGGAGACCAGGCAAAAGAAGGGGUCUAGUAAUACCACUUCGAAAUCAGUGGAUCCUUAUGAUGAUGGCCUCAACAACACCAACAGCUAUAUGGCUAUCACUUUGACUGACCUCAAGUGGACAGUCGACCUAUUUCUGUUCGAUACUGCAUUUCCCCGCUACUACAAGAUCAACGAAGGAACCCUCGUGGCAAUCUUGAACCCUACGAUCUUACCUCCCCCAAAGCACAAGCUAGAUACCAAUCGUUUUAGCCUGGCUUUGUCGUCGUCAGAUGACAAGGUACUGGAGAUUGGAAAAGCGCGAGACAUUGGCUACUGCAAAUCCGUGAAAAAGGACGGCAAAGUUUGCCAGUCAUGGGUAGAUGGGAGGAAAACUGAGUUCUGCGACUUUCACGUUGAUCUCCAGGUGCGGCGCAUCCAAGGGCAACGCUCCGGGGUCAACAGCGAUACAGGUAUGUUUGGGCCUGGCGGUCGAUCUGGCUCGCGAACUGGGUUUUACGAGGAACGUCGUAGAGGUAGUAGACCAGUGGAAAAAGGCGAAAAUUCUCGUGGCCUCAAACCGGAAGGAGGCCAAUAUGAUAGGAUGACUGGCUCAACAUACUUCGUCGCACCAGCUCCAAGAAAUUCCGGUGUCGUUCAUUCCUACGACCCUAUGGCUGCAAGACGUGGGACAGCAGCUCUACUCGAUAUCAAUGAUGACCCUUUUAUCGCGGCAGGCAUGAUGGGAAGGGGCAGAGAGAGCAAGGAAGAACAAAUGCGCAGGCGUCUUGCAUCGCAGCAACGCGAGCGCAACAUCACGCAGAAGCUUGUUGCUGGUGGGAUUGGUAGUGUGGGCGCCGAGUACCUUCGCACGCGCACUGAGACACCAUCUAAGGCCAAGGACGAUAUCAAGUCGUCUGACACGUCCAGUAAACCAAGGGCCCUUCCUUCGAGCAGCAGUGAAUUCAAUCUGGCCAGUUUCGGCAGGGCGAAGAAUGUCAAACUUGGCCCUAUGAAGCGCGCCCAUGACGGUGAUAAGCCUCAUGGCAGCGGUGUCAAAAAGACACGAUUCAUCACCUCGAAAGGCAUACGAGAAGCAGGUCGAGACAGUCUUGGUGGACCCGAGGCGACGGCCAUUCUAGAUGAUGACGACGACGAUGAGCUGGAGUUUGUCUGA